GUGGGAGAAGGUUGGUGGCAUCGUGCCUCUCGUUCAGCCAAUUGUCGCGCCCAAACACAAACUAAGCCACCACAACUAGUGUUCUAUCAGCAACACCAGGACGUAAGGAAAUACAAGAUAGAUAAACAGAGAGAGAGAGAGAGAGAGAUAAGAUAAGAUAAAGGAACAUCACCAUACAUUAUGAAACACAGAAACAGAUAAAAACUAUAUACAUAGAAAUAUACUUGAGGUGUAAAUAUUGCAAAGUAUAUACGUGUUAUUUAAGUAUAUAUACACACGGUGCCAUGUUUCUAUAAGUAUAUACAUUGUGUAUAUAUAUAUAUAUAUGAGAAAUUAUACUCGGACUUUUAAAUGAGAAAGAGGUUUUGGAAAUGUCUUGAAAUUUGGAGAUAAAUUUCCCAUCACGAUGAGAAUUCGAGUGAUAUGUUGCACCUCCGCCCGCGCCUCGCCCACUAUCGUCACCACGCCCACGCCCGCACCCACGCCCGCGCUAUGCCGUGUUUAAAGUGGAAAGGUGGAACUACGACCAGUGUGGUAGGAGAGGAUGAAGGUGAGGAAGGUGGGCGUGAGGAAGGUGGGCGUGAGGAGAGUGGGCGUGAGGAAGGUGGGCGUGAGGAGGGUGGGCGUGAGGGCGUGCUGUGUGGACUCCUGGCCGCCCUGGCAGAGAGGCUGGCCUGCGGAAGAUACAACAGGAAGAGAGAGCGUGGAGGAGGAGUGGCCCUAGACACGACGGCACAGAAUGGUCUAGUAGUGCGCAUGUUAGGUGAUGUGAAGGGCAGUACCACGGUGGAGACGUCACUCACCCCCAGUGUAGCAGUGCCAGGCUCCUCUGAUGCCUGGCGAAGCUCCGCCAGCAGUGUGGCAGGCGCUGCAGGCACCAGCGGUGAGAUGAGCGUGGGAGAGGCAGAGGAGCGUCUCCUGAGGAGUGUAGUAAGGGGCACCUCCUCCUACAGCAGGUUCAUGACCCUACACCGGCGGCGGCGACGCAAGCCUCCCACACGUCAGUUGAACCAGCCACACAGAGCUCUUCUGGACGACCUAUACCAUGGCCCGACCCAAUGUGUGUUGUCGCAAGUCGGUGUAUGGAGCUUCAAUGCCUUUGCCCUGGACAGUGUGUGUGGGGGUCGCCCAGUAUCAGUACUCUGUGUCUACCUACUCCACAAAUACGGUCUUAUACAACAUUUUAAAUUUGACACAGUUACAAUCUGGAAGUGUUUUAGUUUAAUUGAAGAUGGGUACCACGCCUCCAACCCAUACCAUAACGCCAUCCAUGCUGCAGAUGUGACACAGGCCAUGCAUUGCUAUCUUCAGGAGGAGAAGAUACGUGAGCACAUGACUCCCCUGGAGGUUCUUGCAGCUCUUGUUGCAGCUGUAUGCCAUGAUCUUGAUCAUCCGGGGGUCAACCAGCCAUUCCUUAUUGCAACAGAUAACCACUUGGCUGCACUCUACAAGAACUUAAGUGUGCUUGAAAACCAUCACUGGAGGUGUGCAAUGGGCUGCCUCUGGGAGUCUGGACUACUAGAUUCUUGGGCACCUGAAGAUGUAUCAGUGCUUCAGGAAAUGAUAAGGUCUCUCAUAUUAGCUACAGAUAUCACCCGUCAACAAGAGUUUCUCACCAGAUUUCGGAGGUACUUGGAUGCUGACAGCUUUGAUAUGAAUGACCCAGAACAUCGGCACUUCUCGCUUCAGAUUGCUCUGAAGUGUGCCGAUAUAUGCAAUCCUUGCCGACCCUGGGAAAUAUCUCGUAAAUGGUCACACAAGAUUUGUGAUGAGUUUUAUCGGCAAGGUGACUAUGAACGUCAGUUGAACCUUCGCAUCACACCACAGUGCGAUCGCUAUGUUACAUCAAUUGCUAAAAUCCAAAUAGGAUUUAUCAAAUUUGUGGUCUCGCCACUAUUUGUUGCUUGGGAUAGUUGGUUAAAUACAAGUCUCUCAACAUCAAUGGUGACGCAUAUGAAUAGAAAUCUUGUUCUGUGGGAAGAACAGUUGGCCCGGGAGGCUGCGGAAGUGGCUGCCACACAGCUCUCUAUUACCCCACUCGACUCCCUAAGAUUGCCUAUUGAGGAACCUGGUGAAGAGCCAGAUGAUGUUGAUGGAGGUACUACACCUAGUAGCAGUGGUGAUAGUCAUCAGUCUGUGUUGGGAUCCUUAGAAAAUGUAUCGAGGUCACUUCAACUAGGGCGAAGACAUUCUGUACCCUUGAAUCUGCCUCGCCUGGUUCCCCGUACAGUUAUUAGGAGGGAAAGUUUGCCUGAGGUUGGGGGCCAGCCUCUGGUGGUGGAGACUGUGAUGAUGGGAGGCCUCUCACUAACCUCUCUUACAUCACAUACUAUUGAUCCCAAUGUCACUCUGACUGCUGAUGCCCUAUUACCCGAGCCCUCCAUCACAACAAUGGGUGGUGUGAGCAAUGGACGUUCCCGUCAUGCCUCUAAGCUCUCACGCCGAAUGUCCCUACCUCCUCUCUGGUCUCAGCAUCCACGUUCUCGACCCUUACAAACAUUGCAGCCAAUGUCACCUACCCCCAGUGAGGACUCUACAUCUCCUCAGGAUACUCAGGAAAAUCUCCCGCCCUCUGAAGAUUCUAAACAAAGGACAGAAAUUGUAGGAAGCACUGCACAGGGUAGUGUUGGGGGCAGUGGUAAUGAGUGUGAAGAUAGUGGUGGUUGUACUGGGAGCAAUAAUAGUGGUGAUUGCUGUGAAUCUACAGGACAAACACACAGAUCAACAAGGUGUGAUACUAUGCCCUCAGUUCGGGACUGUUGUGUUCACAGUAGGAAAUCUGUUCAAAAUUAUCAAGGUGCUACAUUCCUUCAUUCUGAGUGUUCAGAUAAUGUUCACUACCGAGCACUUGGUGGAAAGGUGCUGGUGAGACGAGCUUCUCUAGACAGUUCGAGCAUCAGCAGUAAGCGUGAGUUUUUGGACCGUUUAGCACAUGACGGAAGUAAGUUUGCUCGUGUGGAUCGUUUAAACAGUGAAGUGGACAAGGAAAAUAAAGCACCCACAAGGGAACCACUUAUUAGUAGAGACCGACAAGUACCAUUUUGGAAAACUCGUGCUUGGCGAAGCCUCAAUUAUGAGGAUGAAAAUAUUAGUGAUCAUAGAGAGAAAAUGAUUAAGCCAGGCAUAUACAAGCUCAAUCCAACUCAGGGAAGUAUGUUCAUUCAUGGCCGUCGAGGUUCAGCUCCGCUUCUGCGGCCUGAAGAAUUGUGGGGUGGCCUAAGAGGUGGUGCAGAGAGGCCAGAUCAGCGUUAUUUAUCCACCCGUAGGGGAUCAGCUCCAGCGCAGCCAAUCCAUCAAGGACAUAAAAUGCUGAAACUUGGCCAUGCUGGUGGUCUGCUUGGGGCCUGUGGUGGUGGUGGUGGUAUUGGUGGUGGUGGUGUAGGAAGUAUAGGUGCCGGAAAGAUUGGCAUCCUACCCCCAUUAAAGCGACAGCGCGUUUUUCCUCAACCACUGAAUCGAACUAAUUCCUUUUCUAUCCUAGAACCUUUCAUUGCUUCCAUAUCAGGGUCUGACACUGAUAGUGGCCCAGAGGUUCCUGGGAGCCCCCGAACACCCUUAACAUCAACUGAAAACCUUCCAAUAAGUGACACCCCAUUUGGCCCUUCAAGAUUGAAGGGACGAAGAGGCUCUGUACCUUUCGAUAUUCCUGGAACAGAUGUGGGCUACGAGUUUUCAUUUAUGAAAGAUCACUCUGAAAGGAGAUUCGGGCGUCGAGGCUCUGGCGGUCUAGAAAUGCUACCGUCCUUGGUAGCCCGAGCACUUCCUUCGAUGCCUACUGCGUAUGGAGGUCACGGGGUUUGUGGUGGUGGCUCUGGAGGAGCUGGAAUUCCUUCAUCCCUGACUCACCACCAUGAAUUCCACCGGGGAUCUGGUGGUGUGGAACUGUUUGCAGGAUUUUGGAGGUCACACCUAGAAUCAGGAAGUUCAACAUUAGAUGAUCCUGACUUGUGUUCCCAAUCGUCUGGUGGCAUGACACCUGGCACCCCGGGAGGCCUGCCUCCCCCCAGAGUUGCCAUGCCUCAUACGCUCCACAGACGCAGCUCACUGCCGACUGACCUCUUUUACUCAGGGGACCUCAGUGUGUGGGAUAGCGAGGGGACAUAGCAACAUCAGCGCUCGGGCCCAGUGCUUCCGCCUCAACCCCAUCUUUCUGCCAGCCUCCAGUGCCAAUCUUCCUACUCCUCCAUCAUUAGCCCAUAUUUGAAAAUAUACAUCAAGACAAAAAAUUUCCUCGAGUUGCGAAAGAGGAGAUCAGUUUUCCAGAUAUUUGGAAAGAGAUACAUUAUAAACACAUCAUUUUUCCAGUGGAAGACAAUAUGUGUGUGUGUGUGUGUGUGUUUUAAUUUGAACCCCUUUUUGUGGAUAUGUUUUAUGUGUACACCUGAAAGAGGUCCACACCUCUGUAAAUGUGUGAGAGAAAAGUUAUCUGUACCAUGCACUGUUUUGGAAAGUGCUUCUUUCACACAUGAAGUGAGAUACUUUGUUUAGUUUUUCAACAUUUUUAGAUAUGCUUCUAACAGUCAUAAUAGCCAUUUUAAUUUGAAAUAUAUUUAGGAAUUUUCAAAUGGCAAGAAAUUAUUUGCAUCCCUGGAAGUUCAUUAAUCAGAAGAUGAAAAUACAUGGAAAUCUGUCUGCAAUCUGUCUUUUAUAAUGUAAGUGUCCAACAGUGAUUGCAGGAACAACAAACCUCCGAUCAUCAAGGCUGUGAUGCGGUCCAGUUUACCUAAGAGAGUUUGAAGAAGCAGUCAUCAAGGAUGGGCCAUUUUUUUGUAAUGGAUUCUAUAUAUUCAUGGAAAUAUAAACAUAUUUUGGUGAGAAUGUUAUUUUUAGAUUACCAUGAAUAUAGUAAAGGAUCAAAAUUUUAUUCCUGCUGAGAAUUAGUUUUUCAUGAAUCUUUAGAAUUGUAACCCUUUCUUGAACAUUGUAGAUUUUAUGGCAGGAAAAAUUUUAAGCUCAAUUCAGCUCAAUUUAGUACUAACGUCCAAUUAUAGCCAACUGUCUUUAUGAGAAUUCAGCUUGACAAUCCUGGUUCAUAUUAUUAUGGAAUAUUGUGUAGAUUUAAAAGAAAUUAAUAUCAGGAUAUUGUAUUUAAGAUAUGCACCUGAGUCAGUUGAUACACUGUGGUUCAUAGAUUGUUAUCCAUGAUUUUUAUGCAUUUUAUAUAGGCCUCCAACCUUGGUUACGCUUCUCGUUUUUACAUACAUAUGUUUUAAUGAAAAUUACCUGGCUAAAUUCUGAAGCUGUUCACAGUACUGUUGGAAAAUUAUUAAUAUAUAGAAUAAUCAUAGGGAAGUGGUCAACCUGUAGGAGUUGUACAAUGCCUGGGGAAUGAGAAAUAAUCAGGUUUGAUCCGAGGAAGGGGAGAGCAACUCCAAUUUCCAAGAAGAGCCCUUCACCAGCACCAAGGUGCACCACCCUCUUAGAAGGAAAUAAUGUCAGGCAAGUACUAACCUAGAUGCUUAGUGCAUUUGUGAUGUAUCAUGAGUGAGUCGACUUACUUGAGUGUAUCACCUGAAUACAAUCCUUAAUGUAUACAGUAUCUGAAUGAAUGAAAUUAUUUAUAAUUAUCUUCUGCCAAGUGGUUGCUUGUCAUUGCUGUCACAAGUAACAUGUCCUCCUGUGGUGAUCCAGCCAUUUGUUAAGGUACAACUCCCUAGAACUUUGUGUCUUGUUUCCUCGUGGGGCUUUGUAGGAAGCAAUGUUAGCACACAAGUCUAUUCUUACGGUGUAUUCCUAAUUACAAACUCUACAUCAAAUAUCCGUCACUUAUGGACUGUAAAUAGAACUGAACUUGGGCCCAUUAAAAAGACCGUAGGUAAUUGAAUGAUAUGUGAGAUUUUACGAUAUAAUGAAAUUUAUCACGUGGGACUGCUGAGGUAGCAAGAGCUGUGAGUGAAGCACAAUGGUUGAAAUGACUUGGGGUUUUUCUAAUUGUUGUAGACCUAAAGAUUUUUACAUCUGAAGUGCAAUACAUGAUUUCUUAUAUAAUCCUGUUGUGUGAAAAUUCAUCAGUAUUUUCUGUGGUUAUGUGUGUGUAUUGUAAGAAGCUCUUGACCAGUACAUACGAUGUGUACAUGUUAUGUCUUCGAAUAAGGCGGGCUUGUGAUGAUUAUAAAAGAUAAUCAAAGUUGUAUAGCACAGUAUGAUUGUUUGUAUCUAUGUAUGGCUCCUAUGGUAAAUACAUAUGUUUAUAUGAAUGAUCAUUUGAUGUAAUGAUUUAAAAGAAAACUUUUUGUAGCUAUGCAAUCUGCUAGUUUAUAUGGAAUGACAGCUUUGGUGUAGUUAGUACAUACUGUCUCAAUUUUUACAUGUUAUUGUUAGUAGAAGUUUAUGGAAAUAACUUGUAGGGGAUUCAUUAAAGUUUAUAUUUUGCAUUAUAAUUUAUAUACAUUACAAUACAUGAAAGCACUUUGAAGGUGGAAAGGUGAGAGACAUCACUAUGCUUUCAUUAAGGGAGAAAUAUCCCGGUUUUUAACAUAAGGUAUACCAUAAGUUGCAACAAGAUCUCAAAUCUACCAAACUGCCUUAACUACCAGUUAUAUAACAUAAUUUCUACAGUUAAUUUUUCUUGGUUACACUUGAAAUACUUAGAUAAAAGAGGUUGUGGAAACUGAUUAUAUAGUUUGGCUAGUAUAGGAAAGUAAACUUUUCAAGGUUGCCUUGACUUGCCAUGUAUUUAGUGGACCAGUCAAGAGAACUGAUUUCUGUCUUAGAGAUGAAUUCAGUUCUUGGUUGGUUUACUAGUGAAUUGGAAGGCAUAAACUAUUUUGUGACAUUGGUGUCCCACUGAUUUGGUUAAGUUCCUACUAUGAGAGGAACUUUUUGCCCAAAGUUCUGUUAUUUUUUGUACAAAUUCAAAACCAUUUUUGUAGAUACAUGUAUGGCAGAUUUUUCAUAACCCUACUACUCUAAGACAAAAUUUUUUUUUCUUGUUCUACAGUACAUAACCAUGUUUCCCUAAAAAAGUGAAAGUACAAAUUGGUCUUUAGAAUUUAUUUCUUAAUCAGGUUGUGUAAAAGUUAUCCAGUCAUGGUCAUAAUUAUUAUGCAGUCAUGGACUUUAUUACCUAUUUAUGUAUGCUUCAAUAGAUUAUAGUGCUCAAGUAGAAUGUCUUUACAGUUUAUAUUUUCAAAUUUCAGCCUUUUUUUUUUUUUUAAGCUUAGUUCCGCUACAUUAAUACGUAGAACCAUGCAAGCUACAUACAUGAACAAGUGUCCAGGAGAAAUUUAGCUCCUAAAAUUAUGUAGUAAACAUUAUACUUGAGAACUAUUUUUUAAUCUUGUCCAUAUAUGUAAAUGUGGCUUGGCUGCAAAUAUUGAGCUAUGGAAGAGAAUCCAGUAAUGCUCACUGUCCUAGUGGUAAAGAAAUAAAAGCUUGACCCUUCUUGGAUAUCAUCACACAGACUCAACACUGUUGUACACCUCACAUGUAUGAACGGUGUCAGACAACUAUGAUACAACUAUAUGAAACAGCAACCAAAAAAAAUAUUCUUGGUUUGAGUUUAUGCUGUGAAUAGUCAUAGGAAGUGGAGGCUACAACUUGCUAUAUUUCUUCUUAUGUAAGGUAAGAGCAGAAUGCAAUGCUGUUGAGUCUUUCCACUUUACUAUGCUUAUCAUAACAUUCUGUACAAACCUUGAAGGGCACAAUUUUCAUUAUUUUAUAAUGUAUUACUGUAUAUUUUGGUGUUAAUAUUUUAAUGUAGGUCAGCCUUGACUUAUAUUUUUAUGUAAGAGAUCUUUAAUAUACUUUUUUUACCCCAAGAUUUUUUUGUUAAUGAAUAAGGUAUUUAGCAACAAAUUAAUGUAUGGUAUGCACAGUUCAUACAUUUCCUUUAAAUACCUCAUUAAGUGGUGCAAAUUUUCCAGCACUAGCAAUUGUUUUGUUCUAAGUCACAGCUGGUGUACUGUAUUGCUGGCAUUUGAUAUGUUCAACAAUACAUAAAAAUUGAAUUAUGACUACAAGAGUCUUCCUGUCGUCUUAUCGUUUUAAUGUUAUGAAAUAUUUUGUACCAUGAUUCCAUUGUCCUCUGUCCUAUCUGCCAAUUCCUUUAAAGUGAGGAACCAGCCAAAAUGAUAAACAUGUGGUUUUAGCACUAUUGUUGCUGAACAAAGUGUGAGGAUGAAUUUUAUGUAAAAUGAUAGUUUGUGUGCUAUGAAUUCUGUUGAAACUUCAUCAGGAAAACAGUAUUUCGAUUGUACAUUUUCAUGUAGAAUCAUUCAUAAAUGGUCUAAGAUAAUGAAGAUGUUUAUGAAUAUUCCAUUGGUCUUAUGUUCUCCAUUGGUAAUGCUUCGUAGAGGGAGUGUAGGCGUGUAUUUUAUGUGUGGUUGUUGUUCCUUAGAUUACGCUCCAAUACUUUGAUUAUCAACAGCUAGAACAGAAAUAAUUAUCUUUUAUAAGUUAAAUAUUCUGAACCAUAUACUCAUCUUUGCUAUUUAUAUCAGAAUAAUUGGAGAGUAAUUCAUAAGCAAAAAUAAAUUUUAUUAUAAUUUUAAUAUACAUUCAUUAGUUAGAUCCUUAGUAAUCAAAAAUCUUGUUAAUUGGAGCAUGACACAAGAUCAUGUGCUGAAUUGACAAAAAUAAAUCCUAUUAGUAGUUUUAAAAUUUAAUAUUUUAUAUAUAUUAAUAGUGUCCCUUUAAAAAUUUAGUGCAAGCUGAAAAGUCAUUUUUAGUAUGCUUUUGUUGAGAAACUUGAGGUAGUGCUCAGGGGUAAUGUAUAUUUGUUUUGUGAGAGAUGAAUCCAGUGGCUGGUGCAAUGUACGAGUGCAUGGCAUGAUUGUACUAAGUUGAAAAGUGAAGUUUUUUUUUAGUUGAGUACAUAAAUGUCUUAGAGUAAUUUAAUAUUGCCAAAAAAUGUUAAGCAGUAGUUUUGCAAUUUAGUACUGUGAUGAUUGAUACUCUUGGCUGCGAGCUGUCAUUCUCCCGUGGUUGUGAGAGACAGCACAAAUACAAAUGCGAGGAAAUAAGCCUUAAAUCUGGCAAUGAAUUUAUAGUGUGUGAUAAGGUAAGUAUCUUAGUAUAACCACUAAAAAUUGGUUGUAUGUCCACGCAUUUUAUUUGUACUGUUAAAGUUCAAAUUCUGUACUGAAAAACUAUACAACAACAGUAUUAAAUCAGCAGGCCCAUAUUCAUGUACAGUCUUUAGUCAACACUGCUACACUGUUGAUAAAUAUCUGCCUCAGUUAUAUAAUUUAAUUUAUUAAAAAUAUGGAGAUUGUGUACAUUAAAAAUGAUAAACCUGGGAAUUUGGGUAAAUUAUAAUUUAUACUGCUCCUUGGGCAUAACCAAUGCUAAUUCUGUACAGGGUUAUUUUGUAUUGUGGUUUAAUAGUUAUAUAGGUAUAGUGUGGGGGAUUUAGAAUAAUGACACUGACUUUCAAAUGGUUGGUUUAUAUCACAGUUAAUUUAUAUAAACAUGUAACCAUAAAACACAUCAGUACAAUACUGUGUGUGUAUAUAUAUAUAUAUAUAUAUAUAUAUUUUUUUUUUUCAACAAACUGGCCAUAUCCCACCAAGGCAGGGUAGCCCAAAAAGAAAAACAAAAGUUUCUCUUUUUAAAUUUAGUAAUUUAUACAGGAGAAGGGGUUACUAGCCCCUUGCUCUCGGCAUUUUAGUCGCCUCUUACAACACGCAUGGCUUACAGAGGAAGAAUUCUGUUCCACUUCCCCAUGGAAAUAAGAGGAAAUAUACAAGAACAAGAACUAGAAAGAAAAUAGCAGAAAACCCAGAGGGGUGUGUGUAUAUAUGCUCGUACAUGUAUGUGUAGUGUGACCUAAGUGUAAGUAGAAGUAGCAAGACGUUCCUGAAAUCUUGCAUGUUUAUGAGACAGAAAAAAGGACACCAGCAAUCCUACCAUCAUGUAAAACAAUUACAGGCUUUCGUUUUACACUCACUUGGCAGGACUGUAGUACUGUACCUCCCUGGGCAGUUGCUGUCUACCAACCUACUACAUGUGUAUUAUAUAUAUAUAUAUAUAUAUCAAACACACACACAAAAAAAAACAUAUAUCAGAGGCAGGGUGGCUCAAAAAAGAAAAACAAAAGUUUCUCUUUUUAGCUUUAGUAAUGUAUACAAGAGAAGGGGUUACAUACAUCUAUAAUAUGAAGAAUUUUGAAACUGGAUUCUUCAGAAAUGUCUUUGCAAAAAAAUUUGCCAAGGUAUUGUUGGCCAUCAGUUAAUAUAAAGAGUAUGUAAUUUAUUUUUUUUAUUAUAAGACAAUACUUUAUUUGUAGUUAUGGCUUUAACUUCUUUUUGAAGAUGUUUGACACAUGCUAAUUAAACCUAAGCCACAUAAUUUUAUCACAAAUACAGAGGGAAGAAAUAAUUAUUUGUAUUUUGUGUUGGAAUCAAAUUACUAUACACUAGUAAUUCAUAUGCAAAAUUUAAUUUUACUUAUAUAUAAGCCUAAAAGUUACCAUUAUUAUUAUUAUUUUACUCACAAACGUGCUGAAUCCAUAUAGGUCAUUUAGUUUCUGGAUGCCAGUGAGGGGGCUUUUGGUCCAAGGAAUUUGAGCUACCUCCACUUCCAUGGAUUAAAUUUGAGUGCCUCCCAUUCCAUAUUUCCUCUGCUCUGGAUGAUCUCUAUGGGUUUAGUGCUCCCCAUAAAUAUAAAUAAGUUAAACUAGCUUUGUAGACAUCAGUGAAGUAACAAGGUCAUUACCACUGGCUUUUGCCAUGCUAAUUACUCUGUAGUAAGCUCCAUUCUACGUUAGUAAAAUAUAUAUACAUGUAUGGUUUAUAGUAAAUCAUAUCUUUCUUCUCUUGCGUUAUCUGUUAAUUGUAUUUGUGGAUAAAAUGCACCAUGUUAGUUUCGUAAAGAUUUUAUAUGCAUCUGGGCUUGCUGAAUAUGCUGUGAUAUAAUGUCCUUUGAAUAAAUAUAUAAAUCGUA